GUAAAUUUGCGGGCAUAUCGUUUCAGAUUUUUCUUCUUGAUAGAGCAGAAAGAAGAUGGGAAAGAUCCUUCGUCCAGAAGCCUGUAUAUAUCCUCCAAUUUAUUAGGACUGGAUUCCACCACCUCCUCUGCCACCUGCAGAGGAUCCAUGUUUACCAGGACAGCCGUGAUUGAAAGGAGGGGGUUACUCCAACUCUGGGGUCUUUGAUGGAUCUUUCAUAACCCAGGCUUAGCAGAGACCCAGGGAUCAUGGAUAGUGCAUUCUACAUAGCUGAAAUGCAAUCUGCAACACAUGUGUACUGUGUGUACAAGAAGAGGAGUCUUGGAGACUCUGCACACUAACAAUGCAGCACUAUGUUACUUGGUAAUAUUAAUACCCUCUUACAAUCAGUACUUCAGAGACAUCAUUCACAUUGUCAGAGUGCAGUUUAUAAUUGUAAGCAGGCAUGGAUUAUAACAAUGUGCUCUAUAUAUGCAAUAUGUUGGAUUUUAUUAUUUCUGAAGGCUGUGCCAAUGUGCUGCACCCUGUGAUCUGUGUGCCCAGACUGCUAUUACCUGGCUAUUACCUGGGUAUCCAGAUUCACUAGGAUAUAUCAUUAAUAAUAUAUUAAGGCAGUGGGUAACACACACACACAGAGAGAGAGAGUAGCUCAGCUGAUAUCAGGCUGCUCCCAGUACCAUUAAUAAAAGGCCAUUCUGUAUAAAGGUACACGUGGUUUCAGUCCCUGUUACUAUGAGUAAUGUUAUUGUGUUGCUGAGUACUUGCCAGCAGGCUGUAUGCUUUGAUGUACACUGCCCCUUGGUGCUGGGAGUGAGGAGGCUGACAUGUUACCUCAACCGGAAGUCCUUGUCAUAGAGACUAAGAGCUGAAGAAUGAGCCAAUCAACGUCAGCCUUAGUGCACUAGCUAGAGCCAAUCCGCGUUUACUUCGGAAGAGUACAGUGAGCAGUCCUAGGAGCCAAUCAGCAUCAGUCUCGGAGCAGUCCUAGGAGCCAAUGAGCGUCAGUCUCGGAGCAUUCCUAGGAGCCAAUGAGCGUCAGUCUCGGAGCAGUCCUAGGAGCCAAUGAGCGUCAGUCUCGGAGCAGUCCUAGGAGCCAAUGAGCGUCAGUCUCGGAGCAGUCCAAGGAGCCAAUUAUGGUGCCUCUCUGAUCUCCUGCGAUGUCAGCACUUCCGAGUGUCCGUCACUAUUGCUGUGCGUGUUUCUACACCGAUAACAUAUUCAUAUCGGAAUACCAAGUACAUGUCCGCUUCACUGACACACGGCAAUUCACACAGGACUAUAACAGGGUAUAUACCGCGUAUAACCAGGACUAUAACAGGGUAUAUACUGCGUAUAACCAGGACUAUAACAGGGUAUAUACUGCGUAUAACCAGGACCGUAACAGGGUAUAUACUGCGUAUAACCAGGACCGUAACAGGGUAUAUACUGCGUAUAACCAGGACCGUAACAGGGUAUAUACUAACCAGGACCGUAACAGGGUAUAUACUGCGUAUAACCAGGACCGUAACAGGGUAUAUACUGCGUAUAACCAGGACUGUAACAGGGUAUAUACUGCGUAUAACCAGGACUGUAACAGGGUAUAUACUGCGUAUAACCAGGACUGUAACAGGGUAUAUACUGCGUAUAACCAGGACUGUAACAGGGUAUAUACUGCGUAUAACCAGGACUGUAACAGGGUAUAUACUGCGUAUAACCAGGACUGUAACAGGGUAUAUACUGCGUAUAACCAGGACUGUAACAGGGUAUAUACUGCGUAUAACCAGGACUGUAACAGGGUAUAUACCGCGUAUAACCAGGACCGUAACAGGGUAUAUACUGCGUAUAACCAGGACUGUAACAGGGUAUAUACUGCGUAUAACCAGGACCGUAACAGGGUAUAUACCGCGUAUAACCAGGACUGUAACAGGGUAUAUACCGCGUAUAACCAGGACCGUAACAGGGUAUAUACCGCGUAUAACCAGGACCGUAACAGGGUAUAUACCGCGUAUAACCAGGACUGUAACAGGGUAUAUACCGCGUAUAACCAGGACCGUAACAGGGUAUAUACCGCGUAUAACCAGGACCGUAACAGGGUAUAUACCGCGUAUAACCAGGACCGUAACAGGGUAUAUACCGCGUAUAACCAGGACCGUAACAGGGUAUAUACCGCGUAUAACCAGGACCGUAACAGGGUAUAUACCGCGUAUAACCAGGACCGUAACAGGGUAUAUACCGCGUAUAACCAGGACCGUAACAGGGUAUAUACCGCGUAUAACCAGGACCGUAACAGGGUAUAUACCGCGUAUAACCAGGACCGUAACAGGGUAUAUACCGCGUAUAACCAGGACCGUAACAGGGUAUAUACCGCGUAUAACCAGGACCGUAACAGGGUAUAUACCGCGUAUAACCAGGACCGUAACAGGGUAUAUACCGCGUAUAACCAGGACCGUAACAGGGUAUAUACCGCGUAUAACCAGGACCGUAACAGGGUAUAUACCGCGUAUAACCAGGACCGUAACAGGGUAUAAACCGCGUAUAACCAGGACCGUAACAGGGUAUAUACCGCGUAUAACCAGGACCGUAACAGGGUAUAUACCGCGUAUAACCAGGACCGUAACAGGGUAUAUACCGCGUAUAAACAGGACCGUAACAGGGUAUAUACCGCGUAUAAACAGGACCGUAACAGGGUAUAUACCGCGUAUAACCAGGACCGUAACAGGGUAUAUACCGCGUAUAACCAGGACCGUAACAGGGUAUAUACCGCGUAUAACCAGGACCGUAACAGGGUAUAUACCGCGUAUAACCAGGACCGUAACAGGGUAUAUACCGCGUAUAACCAGGACCGUAACAGGGUAUAUACCGCGUAUAACCAGGACCGUAACAGGGUAUAUACCGCGUAUAACCAGGACCGUAACAGGGUAUAUACCGCGUAUAACCAGGACCGUAACAGGGUAUAUACCGCGUAUAACCAGGACCGUAACAGGGUAUAUACCGCGUAUAACCAGGACCGUAACAGGGUAUAUACCGCGUAUAACCAGGACCGUAACAGGGUAUAUACCGCGUAUAACCAGGACCGUAACAGGGUAUAUACCGCGUAUAACCAGGACCGUAACAGGUAACCAGGACCGUAACAGGGUAUAUACCGCGUAUAACCAGGACCGUAACAGGGUAUAUACCGCGUAUAACCAGGACCGUAACAGGGUAUAUACCGCGUAUAACCAGGACCGUAACAGGGUAUAUACCGCGUAUAACCAGGACCGUAACAGGGUAUAUACUGCGUAUAACCAGGACCGUAACAGGGUAUAUACUGCGUAUAACCAGGACCGUAACAGGGUAUAUACUGCGUAUAACCAGGACUGUAACAGGGUAUAUACUGCGUAUAACCAGGACUGUAACAGGGUAUAUACUGUGUAUAACUAGGACUGUAACAGGGUAUAUACUGCGUAUAACUAGGACUGUAACAGGGUAUAUACUGCGUAUAACCAGGACUGUAACAGGGUAUAUACUGCGUAUAACCAGGACUGUAACAGGGUAUAUACUGCGUAUAACUAGGACUGUAACAGGGUAUAUACUGCGUAUAACUAGGACUGUAACAGGGUAUAUACUGCGUAUAACCAGGACUGUAACAGGGUAUAUACUGCGUAUAACCAGGACCGUAACAGGGUAUAUACUGCGUAUAAACAGGACCGUAACAGGGUAUAUACUGCGUAUAAACAGGACCGUAACAGGGUAUAUACUGCGUAUAAACAGGACCGUAACAGGGUAUAUACUGCGUAUAAACAGGACUGUAACAGGGUAUAUACUGCGUAUAACCAGGACCGUAACAGGGUAUAUACUGCGUAUAACCAGGACCGUAACAGGGUAUAUACUGUGUAUAACCAGGACCGUAACAGGGUAUAUACCGCGUAUAACCAGGACUGUAACAGGGUAUAUACCGCGUAUAACCAGGACUGUAACAGGGUAUAUACCGUGUAUAACCAGGACCGUAACAGGGUAUAUACCGCGUAUAACCAGGACUGUAACAGGGUAUAUACCGCGUAUAACCAGGACCGUAACAGGGUAUAUACCGCGUAUAACCAGGACUGUAACAGGGUAUAUACCGCGUAUAACCAGGACCGUAACAGGGUAUAUACUGCGUAUAACCAGGACCGUAACAGGGUAUAUACUGCGUAUAACCAGGACCGUAACAGGGUAUAUACUGUGUAUAACCAGGACCGUAACAGGGUAUAUACCGGGUAUAUACCGUGUAUAACCAGGACCGUAACAGGGUAUAUACUGCGUAUAACCAGGACCGUAACAGGGUAUAUACUGUGUAUAACCAGGACCGUAACAGGGUAUAUACCGCGUAUAACUAGGACUGUAACAGGGUAUAUACUGCGUAUAACCAGGACUGUAACAGGGUAUAUACUGUGUAUAACUAGGACUGUAACAGGGUAUAUACUGCGUAUAACUAGGACUGUAACAGGGUAUAUACUGCGUAUAACCAGGACUGUAACAGGGUAUAUACUGCGUAUAACCAGGACUGUAACAGGGUAUAUACUGCGUAUAACCAGGACUGUAACAGGGUAUAUACUGCGUAUAACCAGGACUGUAACAGGGUAUAUACUGCGUAUAACCAGGACUGUAACAGGGUAUAUACUGCGUAUAACCAGGACUGUAACAGGGUAUAUACUGCGUAUAACCAGGACCGUAACAGGGUAUAUACUGCGUAUAACCAGGACCGUAACAGGGUAUAUACCGCGUAUAACCAGGACUGUAACAGGGUAUAUACCGCGUAUAACCAGGACCGUAACAGGGUAUAUACCGCGUAUAACCAGGACCGUAACAGGGUAUAUACCGCGUAUAACCAGGACCGUAACAGGGUAUAUACCGCGUAUAACCAGGACCGUAACAGGGUAUAUACCGCGUAUAACCAGGACCGUAACAGGGUAUAUACCGCGUAUAACCAGGACCGUAACAGGGUAUAUACCGCGUAUAACCAGGACCGUAACAGGGUAUAUACCGCGUAUAACCAGGACCGUAACAGGGUAUAUACCGCGUAUAACCAGGACCGUAACAGGGUAUAUACCGCGUAUAACCAGGACCGUAACAGGGUAUAUACCGCGUAUAACCAGGACCGUAACAGGGUAUAUACCGCGUAUAACCAGGACCGUAACAGGGUAUAUACCGCGUAUAACCAGGACCGUAACAGGGUAUAUACCGCGUAUAACCAGGACCGUAACAGGGUAUAUACCGCGUAUAACCAGGACCGUAACAGGGUAUAUACCGCGUAUAACCAGGACCGUAACAGGGUAUAUACCGCGUAUAACCAGGACCGUAACAGCGUAUAUACUGCGUAUAACCAGGACCGUAACAGGGUAUAUACUGCGUAUAACCAGGACCGUAACAGGGUAUAUACUGCGUAUAACCAGGACCGUAACAGGGUAUAUACCGCGUAUAACCAGGACCGUAACAGGGUAUAUACCGCGUAUAAACAGGACCGUAACAGGGUAUAUACCGCGUAUAACCAGGACCGUAACAGGGUAUAUACCGCGUAUAACCAGGACCGUAACAGGGUAUAUACCGCGUAUAACCAGGACCGUAACAGGGUAUAUACCGCGUAUAACCAGGACCGUAACAGGGUAUAUACCGCGUAUAACCAGGACCGUAACAGGGUAUAUACCGCGUAUAACCAGGACCGUAACAGGGUAUAUACCGCGUAUGUGUAUAACCAGGACCGUAACAGGGUAUAUACUGCGUAUAACCAGGACCGUAACAGGGUAUAUACUGCGUAUAACCAGGACUGUAACAGGGUAUAUACUGCGUAUAACCAGGACUGUAACAGGGUAUAUACUGCGUAUAACCAGGACUGUAACAGGGUAUAUACUGCGUAUAACCAGGACUGUAACAGGGUAUAUACUGCGUAUAACCAGGACUGUAACAGGGUAUAUACUGCGUAUAACCAGGACUGUAACAGGGUAUAUACUGCGUAUAACCAGGACCGUAACAGGGUAUAUACUGCGUAUAACCAGGACCGUAACAGGGUAUAUACUGCGUAUAACCAGGACCGUAACAGGGUAUAUACUGCGUAUAACCAGGACCGUAACAGGGUAUAUACCGCGUAUAACAGGACUGUAACAGGGUAUAUACUGCGUAUAACCAGGACUGUAACAGGGUAUAUACUGCGUAUAAACAGGACUGUAACAGGGUAUAUACUGCGUAUAACCAGGACUGUAACAGGGUAUAUACUGUGUAUAAACAGGACCGUAACAGGGUAUAUACUGCGUAUAACCAGGACUGUAACAGGGUAUAUACUGCGUAUAACCAGGACCGUAACAGGGUAUAUACCGCGUAUAACCAGGACCGUAACAGGGUAUAUACCGUGUAUAAACAGGACGGUAACAGGGUAUAUAAUGUGUAUAAACAGGACGGUAAUAGGGUAUAAAUGUGGGUUUUUUUUUAUGAAGAGGUGCUGUAAUUACAUAGUUUGUUUAUAACAGCAAUAAACACAAUGAAUAUCAUCUUAUUCGCGUUGAUUUUGUGAAUAAAGCAAUACCAGCUGCUUCCUCUCCACUAUCAUUCUGUAUUACCUAAGAUUUUAUUUGUUGCUCAUUCAUGUUUUUGAUGUUUAUCACUUAUAAAAUGUUACACUGUGCUGAAUGUCAUCUGUACAAGCGCUCAUAGGCAUGCGCAGCCUAAUACAUUAGGGAGUGCACCCUAAAGCACAAGCACAUGCCGCGUGUAUAUGUAUGUGUGUGUGUGUAUGUAUAUGUGUGUAUAUGUGUGUGUAUGUGUAUGUGUGUGUAUAUAUAUACACACACUGCUAUAUAUAAUAUACCCCUUUUAGAGAUUCCUUGGUGGUCAAUUUUCUAGAGCCUGUAUAUUACACUGGCUCAGGUAUAUGCACUUAAGUGUUAAAUCCAUGAUCUUCCACCUGAGUUUAUUGAUAGCCAAUAUAAUCUGGCCUGGGAUUAGAGGUGAUCCAGAGUGGGCAGCCAGGGUUCCGGUUCCACAUCUCCUAGCAACCAUUAAAGGGACACUAUAGUUACCAGAACAACUUUAGCUUAAUCAGUAGUUUUGGUGUAUAGAUCAUGCCCCUGAAGUCUCACUGCUCAAUUCACUGCCAUUUAGUUUACAUAUAUAAAGAAAGAAUGUUUAGUUCUUGUAUUGAUGACACAAAUUGCCUUUUUUUUCUGUUUGCUAGGCAUUACAUGACAAGGGAUGUCGCACAUCAGAGCAGUUUGCAUAUGUCCUGGAAAAGGUUAGUUUGUCAUUAUAUAUAUUGAAAUAAUGUAAAAUUGCCAUUUUGUGGCAUAUGAUCACCAACAUUUUUAGUAGUCAUAUUUAUGUUUUAUACAUACAUAUAAAAUUAGUAAUGAGAGAGCAUGGGAAAAAUGGAAGCGCUUUACUAAGAAAAAUGACAAAUGAGAGAUGACCCGUUAAUGCAAAUCCGACAGCCAAACCCAUAUACACUGACAAACAAUGACAUACACACACACUCACUGAUUUGACAGACAGACACACACUAUUACUCGGACACACACUGACAGACUCACUGACCGAGGCACACUCUGAGAGACGCACGCACUCACUGACAGACACAUAUACGUUCACUGACAAACACACUCACUGACAGACACACACAUACAUAUUCACUUACAGAUGCACACAGUCACUGACAGAUGCACGCAGUCACUGACAGACGCACUUACUGACAGACACACACAUUCGCUCACAGACACACAUUUCCCCCAACACUCACACAUUAUUUUUUUAUUUUAAAUCCACCCAGCCUCCCUGGUAGAGCUGGAGUGGAUAACUUACCUUCGGUCCAGUGGGGCUGUUGCGCAGGCAGGCAGGGGCCGGACAGGCAGAGUAGGCAGCGAGGGAGCUUUAAUCUUCUUGCUCAGCUCCCUCGCAAGUCGCUUAGUGAUGCUGGGAGCCGGAGUGACGUCAUAUUCCGGCUCCCGGUUUCAUUAAGCGGCGCGGAGGGAGCUGAGCCGGAUGAGCUCAGGUGAGCAUGCUCCCUUACUGCCCGGGGCGGCUCGCAAAGGACACGAUGCAUAUAAGGAAUCUGCCUGGGUGUUUCGGGGUGGCUUUUUUUGCCGCCCCCUGCAAAGUGCCGACUACACCUCCCAUGAUGCUUUGCCAGCAUUAUGGGUGUAAGAGCAUUAUGGGGAUGUAGUCCACAAUAUCUGGAGUGCCAAAGGAUGCCUAUCCCUGCACUAGGGUAUAUGUGUAAUAUUUGACUUUGUACUCUUCCUGAGCACACUCUGUUUAAUCAUAUAUGAUACAAUGUUUAUGGAACAACUCUUAUGAGUUGCAAAUAAUUAUUUAGUGUCAUGUCCCAGUGAACUGUGGAAGCAUAACCUAUAAAGCUACUACCACUGGAAGAUUACAUUGACAUGUAAUCCAUCCCUCCCCCCACUUCCCACUCCCCCUCUUUCUAUGACCCCCACCUUCAUCUUCUUUAUUAAGUUUCUAACUUGAUUACUUGAACAUAUUAUAACUAUAGAGAUAUAAUAUACAGGCAUCACCAGCAAAUUUGUAACACAUAUCUUGAACUGCCCAGAAACUGUAUGUUUAAAUGGCUAUUUCUCAGAAGCUUUAACGUUUCUUUGUACACACAUACAUCGUAAAGUUGAUGUUGUUUUGUCCAUGUAUGUAUAUUGUUUGCAUAUCUAUUGAGUAUUGAAAAUGCAAUUCACAAAAAAAAAAAUCAGUAAUGCAGCUUUAUGUAUUAGAAUGCAGUUGUUUCCAGUAGGUACCAAGUAUGCACAAAAUAUUAAGUCUUUCCAGUAGACUCACAGUUGUAUUGCAUUGACAAACAUGUUGUGAAACUGCAGACAAAAUAGCCAAGCUUGUUGAUCUUCAUUCUGCAACCCAGAGUGCAGCACAACUUAGUUUUUCAUAAAUAAUGCCUUUUAUCUGUUAAAGGAACACUCUGGGCACCGUAACAACUUAAACGCAAGUUGUUAUGGUGCCUGGAGGUCGCAGUCACUGUCUUACCUUAAGGGGUUAAACCAUUUACAAACAGUUUAACCCUAAAGUGCUCUAGUUGGCACCCAUCCUGCAUAUCUCUUCCUCUGGGUUUGCCUUCAUUACCUUGGACUGGAAGCUGGUGACAGCCUAAAUCUAGCCUGCAUUUCCUUGAUCUUUUCCAUAAUGAUUUGCUCCUUCUGCAACUGUUCCUAUUCUCAUAGGAAGGAGUAUUUUUUUUUUUUUUUUUAAAUAUUCUUUAUUUUUGUUGUGCCUGGAUAAAACAAAACAGCAUUCUGCUCUGUUUCAUAGCCAAUGCCACAGUCAUGUCUUAUCUUGUAGAUAGCUCCACAGGUCACAGUGAAAUGGUCAGCAGUUCUGCUCCAGUUUGGAAGGGAUCCAUGUUAAAAAAGCAGGGUUGGAUGGCUCCACCAAUACCUCCGGCCCAUAUACUGAGGUCAACCACAACACCAAGACUGAACUGGUGACAACCCAGUUCCUCUACUCUCCGAGCCCAGGCUGGUGUAUAAGCCGGUGCAUUUUCUCCACUGGGCCCUCCAUCUUCAGUGGUAGGGCUACAUUACUGCAGGACUCUUGGCUCUCAGCCUAGAAGGGGAGCAGGGCGUCAGGAUUCUGCUAGGAUGUGCUCCAGAUGUAGGUAAGGUAGGGGGUUGCUGCUUUUGUCUGGCCUCAAUUUGGGCCCAGAAGGCCGUGCAGAAUCAGCAUUCCCACACUGUUUGGUGACCAUCUUUGUCAUGUCUAGAGACUUGUCGGCUGUGGCUGUAGGAGUCACUGUGCCUCUUGCUUUAGAGGUGCCUCCCCUGUUGGGGACCGGCAUAUCCUCCACUGGUCCAGAGGGCAAGGGGGACAGGCACUGUGUUUCCGGUCAAACACAUGCAGGGAGAGCGUUCGCUGCUCCCUCCUUGAGAAUGUACCAGGCCACAAUGAACUGGAGGCCUCAGCUACUCAUCAAGAGUGGUGGAUCUUGGGACCAGCACCCACCACAGCUAGAGUAAGCCAGACAGCACAAAAUUCAGGAUGGUGUUAGGUAGAGUAUAUGCCCCCAAAAACACAGAAAAUGCUAAAUUUAUCAGGAGCUUGUGCAUUUGAAUAGUAUGGCGGUCAAGCAGGAGCUUUAGCGAGAAUUCAUCAUAAAAUGUAAUCUAAAAGCGGCAUUAUCAUGCCAAACUUACCCUUCCACGAUCGAUUCCUCUUCUCUCCCUCUGUCAGAAUCUGUUCUUCAUGUCUUCCUGUCUGCUCUAGUUUUCUUUAAAACAUAACACAAAGUAGGAACUACUUUGUCUUAUGGAGAUUUCAUACGCUUGACCAGCGGAAGAGCAAAGUGUGCUUCGUUUCCUGUGAUCAAAGCAAUUUUCCCACAGUUCUCACCUUUGAUCCGUGAUCUCACGAUGCUUCCUGUCAGUAUUCCCGAAAGUCCUGUCACUUGGACAGAACGCAGACGAAACUACCGAAUUUCGUCCUAACAGAAUGAGAACAGUUUCUCCAUUCGUGUUAGGACGCAAUUCGGAAUUUGUCCCUGAGCGGCGAGUGAGGGCCCUAAAUAACAAGGUGGAGGCUAUUGUCCUCCCCCCGGGCCCCACCCCUGAGCACACCUGUCACACAACUCUGAUUGGUUGGCUUGAAAUCCAACCAGAGUGCUCGGUGUCAUUUUACACAGCGUGGGAAAGUUUCCCAUGCUGUGUAAUUUGACUCAUAACUUUCUGAGAUCAUGGAUCAAAGGUGAGAACUGUGGGAAAAUUGCUUUGAUCACAGGAAAUGAAGCACACUUUGCUCUUCCGCUGGUCAAGCGUAUGAAAUCUCCAUAAGACAAAGUAGUUCCAAUCAGAGUGUUCUGUGUCACUUUACACGACGUGGGAAAGUUCUUUAGAAUUUUCCCAUGCUGUGUAAUUUGACUCAUAACAAUACUCUGGUUGCUAUCAAACAACCAAUCAGAAAGUUAUGAGUCAAAUUACACAGCAUGGGAAACUUUCCCACGCUGUGUAAAAUGACACCGAGCACUCUGGUUAGAUUUCAAGCCAACCAAUCAGAGUUGUGUGACAGGUGUGCUCAGGGGUGGGGACCCGGGGGGAGGACAAUAGCCUCCACCUUGUUAUUUAGGGCCCUCACUCGCCGCUCAGGGACAAAUUCCGAAUUGCGUCCUAACACGAAUGGAGAAACUGUUCUCAUUCUGUUAGGACGAAAUUCGGUAGUUUCGUCUGCGUUCUGUCCAAGUGACAAGACGUUCGGGAAUACUGACUGGAAGCAUCGCGAGAUCACGGAUCAAAGGUGAGAAUUGUGGGAAAAUUGCUUUGAUCACUGGAAACAAAGCACACUUUGCUCCUCCGCUGUUCAAGCGUAGGAAACCUCCAUAAGACAUAGUAGUCCCUUGUCUUAUGUUUUAAAGAAAACUCGAGCAGACAGGAAGAAAUGAAGAACAGAUUCUGACAGAGAGAGAGAAGAGGAAUCGAUUGGGGAAAGGUAAGUUCGGCAUGACAGUGCCGCUUUAAAUUCCUCUUUGUGUAAUACACCUUCUCAGAGUUUGUUUCAAGUUGAGCUAACCUGUUUUUAUUUCUUCUAAUUCAUCAGAUAGUUUUGAUGAAAGUUCUACUUUUAUCAUAUGUUUUUCUUUUCCCAGUCUAUUUUUACAUACCAUAUUCUCUACUCUAGUUACACCAGCAAAGCAUCACUAACUUGGAUUUUUCCAUAGUGUCUUCUCCGUUCUCUGAUCUGAUGGCACUGUUGAAUCCUUGGACUAGACCUUCUUCACCUCUUGUAUCUGUCAACAUUAGUUUUUUCUGUUAGGUAUUUUCUCUAUAUAUUCCCACAUUUUCAAUAUAAGCAGUGUGUAAUAGGUAAGUGCUAUUUAAAUAAUAAUAAUGCACAGUCCUGGGCUUAUACUAGUUCUGUCAUUCCAUUUUAAAACAUGAUCCUUAAAGAACAGAUUACAGGAUAGAACAUCAUUGCUUAAGGGGUUAAGGGCACUCUAAGAACUAUAACAUGUUGUUGAACCUUUCUGUUUUGCUUAUUUGCAGAAAUCAGUAUUGACUUUUGGCUAUAAUUGUGACAUGCCAUGUGUGACAGAUCCAUCUGUCUAAGUAUUACCUGCUGGUUCGUCUAUUUUGUUGUGCAUUCGUGGAAUUACCUGCCCGUACAUCCCUGUUCGUUUAUUUCGGUUAUACCGAAGAAAACUACCGAACGGACGGCCACCCAGUAGAGAAGUGUGCUGCUGGUUAACCUAUUGGCCUCAAUUAGAACGUUGUGGUUAACCGCAGACACCUCUUCAUUCGAACCGUAUGCAGGGUGGUCGUCGUUCGUAUGCUGACCACGAGGCGGCGGCCAUUUUAAACACGCGAAUGAACAGCGGUGUUCGACAAGGAACUUAUGGAACUCCAAAUGGACACUUUUUCUACCGAACACCGCUGAAACUGCCGACCGCCCUUCUUAUCAUCGGGCAUACGAACGCCGGUCCGUUCGGGACUUUUUGUUGUACGAAUGGACUUAACCCAGAUAGCCAUCCCAUGGAGUCAUUUGUAUACGGAAAGAACAGUGUGAAAGACUUUGACUCCAUGGCGAUUGAACUGUGUGCAUUGGGUCUGAGCGCUAUUCAGUAGUAAUGUGCGCUCAGACCUAGGCUAUCUGGGGAUACGUUAUACAAAUUAAAUGCAUUCGGUAGUUUUACAUUUAUGUAUUUUUAGUAUACCAUAUAAAAUGAUGGUUUGCCUCUAUCCAUGGAUAUAAUUGGAUUUCUUCCCAAUUAUCUCCAGGAUAGAGAGGAGGGAUUUACUUGUACAAAGGGGAGUGUUUAUACCUGAGCCACUGUGAGUGGCUACUGUACUUCAUUUGUUCCAGUCUUCCAUCUGGUCCACCAGGUGGGAGACCUGCAUAAAUACUGGGCAGGUAGCCCUCAUUAAAGCAGAUUCCUGUUUUACCCUCAAGACGGAGCUUGGUCUCGUGUUUGGGGGAUUGCUACUUUGGAGUAUUCUUUUGCCUGUUCCAGGAGGGAAGGAGUUCACAUGAUUCUCCGUUCGGGAGUUUGGAGCAUUCCCUUGUAUUCAGUUCGGGAGUUUGGCGGUCUACAGUAACUGUGCCUGUGUCUCUAAAAGGGGGAAGAUCUACUAAACGGCGCUUUCACUCCUUUAUGCCGGGAGUGUCUUAACACCAUGCUGUAUUACUUUAUUUGUUAAAAGCAGCUUAUUGUUUUUAGGUACAGAAGGAAGUUCAGAGGCGAAUGAAGUUAGGUGAGGAAUCGGUACAGAGGAGAACAGAGAUAUCCCUGCGUUACAAGCCCUUAUACCCUGCAUUAUAUGUUUUACAGGUAAAAGACUCACAAUCACGCCUGCUUUACAUCACAUUUGGCAAGUUGUUUGAAUGUACUCAUCCAUAUAAUUAUAUAAACUGGAUUUUUUUUUUAAAUAAAAAGAAUAUUAUUCUUCUGAAAUAUUGGCUUGCUUUUAGUGUUUUUCCAGGAUUUUCAAUGUUAUGUUUACUUAUCUAUAUUUAAAGAGAACAUGUCACAACUGGUCCCAUUUAACAUACAACAGCUACCAAGGCAGUAAAUAUAUUUUUUUAUCAUAGUGGUUUGGUGGUUUUUAUACUUGUCCAUACUUGCCAUCCCUUGCUCCAGCAUUGCCAUUCUUGGGGGCAGGUGGGAGGCUUUUCAUUAUAUUUUCAAUUUCCUUAACUUAAUACAAGCCAUGGGAAAUGCAAAGAUUUAAUGAAUGGAAUUUGGUUGCAAUUUCGCCAUUUGACAAUAGCCAAUAGCCAAAUCAGCCAGGUUAUAUGAAGAUUAAGCUGAUUCAACAGACUUUGCCUUUUAUGAAUAUCUGGUUGUAUUACAUUAGCAUUACAGUAGCUAGAUUGUUACAACCAAAUGGCAUUCAGUUACCUUCAUUUUUAAUUAGCUAAAUGCUUUCUUCAGUCAGAUUUGAAGUCAAAUUUACAUACCUAUGGCAUUUCUAUCUUUUUUGUUGUUGUUGUUAUUACAAAAACAUUAUUACCUUACAUUGAUCAUUAUCUAUCAUUCCAUGUGCCUGUCAUUACAAGGAGUCCUUUUUAGCAGAAGAAUUUUUAAGAGCUGUCAGAUUUUGUGAGUCUCCUCACACUGGUUUAGAUGGAUUGCUGAAACAUCUUCAUUCUAUACCAGGUAAUAUUUAUUCUGUUACUUGAAGUAUAAUUAAUUGUUGAUAUGCAAAAUUAAAAAAACAAAAAACACAAAGCAAACAUUAUCUUACUCAUUUCAGCAUUAACUGGUUGUGCUGUAGCAACAGCUUUUUCUUAACGAAAGAGACAAUACAUGUAAUUAUAAACAUUCUAUUAAAAUAAUUUGCUAUACUUUUGAAAUUAAUUAUCUAACAUAAGCAGCUUUAUGUGGUACAGAUUCAAGGAACACUCUGAGCACCAUAUCCAAAACCGUAUUGCUUAUGGUGCAAGGAGGGCCUUGCUGUGCCCCCUAGUGCAAGUAGACAAACCAUUUUCUAAUGGUACAAAUAAAAACAAGAAAGGCUGCGCCAAAAGAAAUAAAUGAAUUACACAAAUAAAAUUUAUGUGAUUUAGGAGAAAGAUAAAUUAAAAUGAAUAUAAAUAUAAAAGUAGAAUAAAUGUAAAAAGUAGUCCCAAUAAGUAUAUAUUCUUUGUUGCUGUAUCAGCUGGUAUAGUGUCUUCUCUGUUGAAAGUAGUUCGUCUCAAGAUAUAAAAAACACAAUGGGAAAGAACCAAUCGUGUGGAAUGUAUAAAUAAGUGUCAAUAAAAUUAAAAUAUAAAUUGUACACUCACAUUUGAAUGAGCUAAAGCCAGCUCAGGUGUAACGGGCAUACAGCGGAUAAAACCCCCGCUUGCUAGGUAUAGCGAUGCUUGUCCUCCGGAAAGUACUUGGAUCCAAUUCUCAAAGGAAGAGAGAUAAAAAACAACCGAUAGUGCUCUCUGGUGACACAAUUUCAAAAUAGAUAGAAGUAAAAUAGAAUGUACUCACAAAUAGAGUGCAGGCCUGUCUGCACUCGGAUGAUAGCGUGGGUGGUAUAAUCCCCACCUUUGGAUAUGUAAAAUGCCAGGAACAGGUGUAUAUAUAAAAAUAAAUUUGUAUAAAAGAUUAAUAGUACAAAAAUAUUUAUUAGUGUAAAAUAUACAAUAUAAUAAUAAUAAAAAAUUUUACACUAAUAAAUAUUUUUGUACUAUUAAUCUUUUAUACAAAUUUUGAGUGUGAGUGUACAAUUUAUAUUUUAAUUUUAUUGACACUUAUUUAUACAUUCCACACGAUUGGUUCUUUCCCAUUGUGUCUUUUAUAUCUUGAGUCGAACUACUUUCAACAGAGAAGACACUAUACCAGCUGAUACAGCAACAAAGAAUAUAUACUUAUUGGGACUACUACAUUUAUUCUACUUUUAUAUUUAUAUUCAUUUUAAUUUAUUUAUCUUUCUCCUAAAUCACAUACAUUUUAUUUGUGUAAUUCAUUUAUUUCUUUUGGCGCAGCCUUUCUUGUUUUUAUUUGUACCAUUUUAUUAUUGAGGGUUAGAGGGUGACCCUCUGUUAGGCCGCUGCCUUUUUUAGUAUUUUAUAUUAUUAGUGCUAACCUACUUCUUUUACGUCUUACUGCAUUUUCUAAUGGGUUGAAAACUUGGGCAGGGUCUGCCAGGCACCAGAAUCGCUUCUCUUUUGUUAGAAAAAGGUACUUCUAGACGUCAUGGUAAAUUUAUUGUGCAUAACUAGUAUGAGCUAAACAAUACUCUGCCUCACUAUGUAAGUUUUUUUUUGACAUACUCUUCAUUUUUUAAUGAAAAAGGGAUAAAUGUGCUUGUUUUGGUGUGCACUAGGUUUUAUUGUUUAGAAUUGUAUAAUAAAAGGGUUAUUCACAAAAGUGGAGAGCAAGGUAACUGAACUGAAAGUAUAGCUGACCAAAAAAUCUAUUCCAAUUCAGCUAUUUUGGCAUUAAAUUUUACAUUUACUUUACAUUCUCACUUUAUUAAAUAACCCUGUAAGUCAACAGAGUGCUUCUGGGUGAGCUAUGAAGUGAUUAGCAGCUGGAAUUCAAAACUAAAUAGGCAUCUUCUGUCUCAUGACAGUAGUAGCAGAUGAAGAGAGAAGAAGUGGGAUACUCACUUGCGGUAAAAAUAGAUCAGCCUCAGUAAUAUUUGGCAGUCAUCACCUGAAGAGGGAUGUAGUAGCUACUGAGUAAAUUAAAGGGUUAUCUAGAUUUAGGAGGUUUACAGAGUUGGUGAUUGGCAUGCGUCUCAAGCAGUGUGAUCAUGGUGCGUAACAAGUCAUUUCUGCUUUGAAUUACACAAUCCUCUUUAUUUUCAUUUUGUCUAAUUUGGUUUUGUUUAGAACACAUGCUCCACAACACUAUUUACCGGUAUUUGUUGUGCUUGCAGAUAAAACAGACAUGCAAAAACAGUGUUCGUUUUGAAGAUAUCACUUUAUUUUGUCCUUAGAGAAGAGGAUCUAUCAGCUCCCAGUAUUUGUUCCAGAAUUUUGCAGAGACUUGGUAGAAGAGCUGGAAAACUUUGAAAGAUCAGAUUUACCCAAAGGACGACCAAAUACAAUGAAUAACCACGGGGUAAGUUGGAAAAACAAAGCAGCAAUGAGUUCUAGUUAUGUAUAAUAACAUAAUUAUUUAUGGUUCUGAUAGCAUCACCAUAUAACAUAGUAUCAUUAAUUCAAAAUUCAUUUGCAGCCAGGGUUCAGGGAAAGACGUAAAGCAGUUUUGUCACCUUAAAGGGAUAUUCCAGGUAGAUGUAUUUAAAAAAAAAUACCUAUCAAUCUCUCCAUUUGCUACUGUCCUAGGGCUAUAAUCCACUUUGAGUGAUGUUAUCUGCUGAUCCCACCUAGAACUGACAACAAUCUCUCAUCCAGUCUCCCGCUGAUUUUAAUCAAUUUGUGAGAAUAUGUAAGAAAUAGGACAGCUUGCAUCUAUGCACGUUUGGUAUUAAGUAAUUUUAAUUAAAGUGAAACUAUAACGUUAGGAAUACAAAUCUGUAUUCCUAACACUAUUGUGACACCCGGCCAACAAAUGGUUAAAAACCCUUUUGAUUAUUUACUUGAUGUCCCUCGGUGCUGGGUCGAAGCUCUGCUUCCUCCAGUGUCAUCCAAGGUUGCAUUAGUGAUAUCCUAAAGUCCAGUAAGAUCCCAGAAAUGCCCUUUAAUAUACAGAGGCUGCCUUAGUGCUGCAAUCUAAAUUUCUCUAAAAUUGCAAUGUUCUACAUUGCAGGACUAAGUGUGACAGGGAAACUGCACAUAGACCACUUCAAUGAGAUGAAGUGGCCUGGGUGCCUACAGUGUCCCUUUAUUAAUGGAUUAUUGGUUACAGCAGAAUUUCACAUGUGCUUUGUCUUGGAUAUCUAAAAAAUCAGUUGUGACAAACUGCCAUUUGCCACUGGGUAUUGGAGAGGAUUGAUUGCCAGCCUCCUGCCACAUGACUAUGGCCCUAGGAUAUAUGGCAUUUGAAAACACUAUUUGUGCCCUGUGACAAAACUGGAGAUUGUGCACAAAUAUGACUAUUAUCCAUAUGUUUUAUGAUUCCUUUCGUUUGUUGCACUGUUCCCAUGUGUUUCAUCUGUUGGUUCGGCUGGAUAGACAAUCAGACAAACUGGAGUUACUGGGUGGCCACCAUUUCAUGUAUCAGAGGCACAUGGUGAGAACAAUGGAUGAAGCACAUAGUGAGAACAAUGGAUGGCUGCCAUUUUAACUCACAGACACUGUUUUGACUUUUCUACACGGUGCCAUCUCGCCGUAAUUAUUUUUCAUAUAGCCUGUAUAUGUUCUGCGGAAUCUGCAUUAAACCGUAUCGUCCAAACUACUGAACGAUCUAGGUGAAUUUUGGAUAUGUGGUUCACCCAGAUCCCCCGGUUCCGAGGAUAUAUGGGGUUAUUGCAUGUUUUAUAUUACUGUAUUUUCCUGCCUGUGAUCAUUAAGUUAGUAUAUUGUGUUGAGAUAAUUGUAUCACAGGCAGAGCGGAGGAUAUAUAUAUAAGUCCUAUGUUAAGUACUUCAAAGCUGGACUGCUUAUUGUAGAGGAAAAUUUGCCAGUCUUGUUGUAGACAUGUUUACCCCUUUUUCCUUCUUUACUGCCCUUUAGGUUCUUUUGAAUGAGCUAGGAUUUGAUGACACCUUCAUUAAUCCGCUGCGUGAUAAAUAUCUGCAGCCUCUCGCCUCUCUGCUGUAUCCAGACUGGGGAGGAUACUGUUUGGAUAGUCACAAAGCAUUUAUAGUGAAGUAUGCAGUGCAUGAAGAUGUGGAUUUAAGUUGUCACUAUGAUAAUGCAGAGGUCACCCUAAACAUUUGUCUGGGAAAGGAGUUUACAGAAGGAAAUUUAUAUUUUUCAGACAUGAAAGAGGUAAUUUAGCAACUGUAAUCUCACUGUCUAAUUCUAACUUUACCAAGAACUGCCUUCUACCUUGGAUGUCAUUGGAUGCCUCAUAGAAUCCUAUGAAUCACAUAUAAUUUAGCUUUGUUCAGCUAUAUUCAAAUUAUCAUUGGUUAUAACAUUUGUAAAGUUUUUCUACUUGUUUAUGAAUAUAUCCUAUAUUUAAUGUAUGUAGUAAUUUUACACAAUUUUAUCAUGAAACAUUAUAAAAUGUAAUCUUUAUUUGUGUGUAUAUUUAUUUUAAGGUGCCUCUCAAUGAGCGACAGUAUACAGACGUUGAGCACACCAUCGGCCAUGGAAUAUUACACAGAGGGCAGCAUGUUCAUGGCGCCCUCCCCAUUGAGUCAGGAGAGAGGUGGAACCUUGUCAUAUGGAUGAGAGCUUCACAAGUGCGCAACAAACAAUGUCCUAUGUGCAACAACAAACCACAACUGGUAGAGACAGUGGGAGAGGGAGAUGGAUUUACCUAUGACCAAGCAGGUGACAAAGUAGACACUGUAAAUGUAUGUGUCCUAAACUAAAAGGAUCAAGUAACAAACAAUGCAGAAUAUUUUCAAUAUCUUUAAAUUUAUCAGUAUUUAUUCUUACAACCCCAUGAAGGCACUCCAAAGCAGGCUCAUGUCAUGAGUUGUUGAAUUUCUAUUUUUCUAUUAAAUUCAUUUUGCUUCCAUUAAAGAGACCCUGCCAUGCAUUACACAUGCUCUGUGUAAUUUAUUUUUUUAUUUUUGUCCUGCAUAAAAAUUUAUAACAUACAAUUUCAAGGUACCCCAACGGCAAUCCUCGAAGCAAACCUCACAUGUUACACUUGGGGUAUUAAGUUAGACAUGCACAAUUUUAUAAUAUUGGGGAUAAGAAUCUUUAUGAGGAGUUACAGUGGAGACAUAAAUCGUUUGCGAGAGCUGCAGAUAUGGGGAACUCCUAAGCUCUUCAGCCAAUAAGAGUGUAUGUGUGAUCAAGCUUAAUACCGGUGAACAUAUUGUAGUGAGACACUAUGUGCUAUGUACUACUGUAUUGUCAGUGAGCGAGAAGCUGAAUGUUACAGGCUGAGCUUAUGUGGGUGCUGAAGUAUGAAAUAUACUCUACAGAGGGACAAAGAGUGGAAAAUAUAAGAUGCUAGCUAGGUCAUCUGAUUAUAUAAAAGAACAGGGUUAAAGCCAUGGGUUAAAGCACUUAACAGUUUGCCCAAUCAGGUAAGGUGGCUGCUGUUGGUGUAUAGCGGGUCUGGUAACUUAAGCACGGAAGGGCAUGUUCAGUCCAUGUUCAACCGACUCCUGACAUCGGGAAGCGCAGGUAAUUUGCUAGGCAGUCCCUCAGGGCCUUGAGCACAUGUGGGGGCUAGUGAGGCAGAGUGGUCGCAGGGGGAACCAUUUUGGUCAUUCUCUGCACCUUCCUCUGUGUCAGUUUGCAUGUUGCUGUACCUCGUCGUUUGCUUGAUCGCUACUGUGGGGGCCUCCCCUUCAUCAGCGAUGAUCGCCCUAGGUGGUGGCUUGUAGUUGUGGGUGGCAUGCUUGCUCUUGGUGGCUCCCGGCCCAAGGAGGCAGUUGCCACUAGUGGCGGGUACUGGACACCGUUGGAUGCCGCUUCGUGAUCCGCAGCCCUUUUGUGCUGCCUGCCUCUGGUCUUUUGCUGGGGGGUCCCGUUGGGGACUUGCUGCUUUUGCCGCCAGCUUUGCCCAGAAGGCUUCCAGGAUAGCAUCGAGCUUUGCCUCUAGGCCCCCCUGGGACACCGGUCUGCAUUGUGUGUAUGUAGUCGCUUUGCUGUGGCAGGGGGGUGAGUCCGCCAUCUUGUGCGUCUGGUUAUAUACUGUGGUUCCGAUGCGUUGGCUAGGGGCCAUCCACUCUGUAGGUAGUGGAGUAUGGACCGGGAUGUCCCCCCUGGCCCAGAGGGGGGGGAAAUAGGGGUCUGUGUGGUCCUGCUGGGUGAGGAGAUCGGGGACAGGAGAUCGGCCGCCUCUCCCGCCCGUAGCCCUCGCUAGGCCGCAACCGCUCUGCAUGGCUUUUGGCGUCUGGCAUCCCGGUUUUUCGGACCGGAACACUCCAGCCGUCGUCUGCGAUAGGUAAGUCCCUUUUUGGGUCAGGUUGUGAGUGGCAGGAGUCUCGAUUCGAUGCUUGGGCAAGUAGUUUGCUUGGGAGCUCCUGCAAGUUGCGACCGUCCGCCAUCUUGGUCAAGCCCUGUCCCUCUGUGUAAUUUAUUGACUUUCAGUUAAUCUUUUAAAAACAAAUUCCUUGUGAUCACAGUCGGCAUACAAAGUGACAUACUUUCAUUGGGAGGACGCAAUAGAAGAAGGUUUUCCAAAUUGUUAUUACCAAAUAUUAAGUCGGGUGGAUAUCAAGACAGACAGAACGAAGAAAAACAAUGGACACUCCUGGCCCCUUGCAGGAAAUUACAUUAUUCCCAUGUAAGCAUAGCCCUAAAAAUAACAUUAGUAUUACCGUUUAAUGUCCAUUACACUAAAGCUAGAUUCUUCCAUGUGCAUUUUCUUGCAAAUACUGCAGACUUAACCAUCUCACCCACCCUAAUGCUAUCAGUUACCAUCGAAAUGACUAAAACUAAUGUACAUUAUACAAUACAGCCACUGCAACCUGCUGUUUUGGUUAGGCUUACUAGAGUAUUCUAGUGCUCUUAGCCAGUUGUCAAACCACUUAGUAAUUCCUAUACGACUAAAGAUGUGUACUUUUGGAUUCCAAAGUUUAUUUAAUCUACAUAAAGAGAAAAAACUUGAAAUAAAAAAGAAAUUUAAAUUCAGGUAUAUUGGUCCCAUGAUAAAUACUCUUCUGCCAUCUGAGUGCAACAUUCAUCUUAACUUUACAAUUCGUUCUGAUAAAUGUUAAGUUCAGAAGUACAUUAUGGAGUCAAUAGAAUGAAGAAAAAAAUUCAGCUUAUCACUUAAUGAUCAUUAAUCAUCAUUUGGUAACAAUGGAUUUGAUUAAAAUACUUUACAUUGUUAAUUAUUCAUUAAUAACUAGUAUUCCCCAUGAACAGAAAACCAAAUUUUAAAACUGUAAAAAUGCCAGAAACAAGAAUACUGUCUGUGUUUACAUACAACAUAGAUAGUUUAACACGUAACUGGCAUAAUUACCAAUUACACUUCUCAUCAAGAGUUCCUUAGCAGUAUAUAGCUGCCUCAGAUUUAAUGUUUGCCAUUUCAUACAGAAAUAAACUUUUACAAAAUGACUGCAGAGUCCAUCUGAGUGCACCACUGUCGGCCUUCAUUAUAAGUUCUAAAACAUGGCUCUCAAUUUCUUUUUCUUUGCUUUCAUAACAGGAGGCAGAGAGAUCUUGAACGCUGUCCUGUUAAUAGAAAAAUGUCAU